ACACGAAUUGUCAGGGUGAAGGUUAUAGCUGGAAUUGGUCUGGCCAAGAAGGAUAUCUUAGGAGCCAGUGACCCGUAUGUGAAAGUGACAGCUUAUGAUCCAGUGAAUGGAGUCCUUACCAGUGUUCAGACAAAAACUAUUAGAAAGUCCUUAAACCCAAAGUGGAACGAAGAAUUCUUAUUUAGAGUUAAUCCUCAGAAACACAGACUCCUUUUUGAAGUAUUUGAUGAAAACCGUUUGACUCGAGAUGAUUUUCUUGGGCAAGUGGAUAUUCCUCUUUAUCAGUUACCGACAGAAAAUCCAAGUAUGGAGAGACCCUAUACAUUUAAGGAUUUUGUUCUUCAUCCCAGAAGCCAUAAAUCAAGAGUUAAAGGCCACCUUAGAUUAAAAAUGACUUACUUACCUAAAAGCAAUGGGUCUGAAGAAGAAACCACAGAACACGCUGAAGAAUUGGAGCCUGGGUGGAUUAUAUUGGACCAACCAGAUGCUGCUAGCCAGCCACAACAGCAGCAACAGGAAUCUCCUCCGCUGCCUUCAGGCUGGGAAGAAAGGCAAGACAUCCUCGGCAGGACCUACUAUGUCAAUCAUGAAUUCAGAAGAACACAGUGGAAGAGACCAACUGCUCAGGACAAUGUAGCUGUUGCAGAUAUUGGUAGUGUGCAAUUGGAGGCCCAGCAUGUGUUCACUCAUCGGCGACAGAUAUCAGAGGAUACAGAUAAUCUAGACAGCAGAGAUUCCCCUGAGAGCUGGGAAAUUGUAACUGAAGAUGAGGCAACUAUGUACAGCAAUCAGAACAUUCAAAUACCUCUCUCGCAGAGUAAUUGUGAUAUACAGACUCAUCUUGCAGAAGAAUUGAAUACUAGACUUACUACCUCUGGAAGUUCAGCUACUGGCCAGUCAGCAGCCUACACAAACCAUUCCAGCAGAAGAGGUAGCCUGCAAACAUACAGAGUUGAAGAGCAGCCUGCACAUCCAGUGUUAUUGCCUACUUCAUCUGGACUACCUGCAGGCUGGGAAGAACGACAAGAUGAAAAAGGGAGGUCAUAUUAUAUAGAUCACAAUUCUAGAACCACUACCUGGAUAAAGCCAGUUGUACAGAUUGCUGUGGAAACAGGUCAGUUGUCAGCUGCGCAAAGUGUUUCUAUAGGAAGACAACCACAAGCAACAUCGAGUGAUUCAUCACAGCAGCCUUCUCAGCAGCAGCCUGAAAUGGAGCAAGGAUUUCUCCCUAAAGGCUGGGAAGUCCGACAUGCACCCAAUGGGAGACCAUUCUUUAUUGACCACAAUACCAAAACUACAACAUGGGAAGAUCCCAGACUGAAAAUUUCUGCUCAUCCGAGGAGAAAGACUUCCCUAGAUCCUGUAGACCUGGGCCCGUUACCACCAGGGUGGGAAGAGAGAACUCACACAGAUGGAAGAAUAUUCUUCAUAAACCACAAUACAAAGAAAACACAAUGGGAGGAUCCUCGACUGCAGAAUGUGGCAAUAACUGGACCAGCUGUGCCUUACUCCAGGGACUAUAAGCGGAAGUAUGAGUUCUUCAGAAAGAAAUUGAAGAAACAGAAUGAUAUUCCAAAUAGAUUUGAAAUGAAAAUUCAUCGCACAACAAUCCUUGAAGAUUCUUAUAGAAGAAUUAUAGCUGUAAAGAGAGCAGAUUUCCUUAAAGCAAGACUUUGGAUUGAAUUUGAUGGUGAAAAAGGUUUAGACUAUGGAGGAGUGGCCAGGGAAUGGUUCUUCCUUCUCUCUAAAGAAAUGUUUAAUCCUUAUUAUGGAUUGUUUGAAUAUUCAGCUACAGAUAACUAUACUCUGCAGAUCAAUCCAAACUCUGGACUUUGCAAUGAAGAUCAUCUGUCUUAUUUCAAGUUUAUAGGUCGUGUAGCUGGAAUGGCUGUUUACCAUGGCAAACUUUUGGAUGCCUUUUUUAUUCGUCCUUUUUACAAGAUGAUGCUCCAAAAACCAAUAACGCUCCAUGAUAUGGAAUCUGUGGAUAGUGAAUAUUACAAUUCUCUGAGAUGGAUUCUUGAAAAUGAUCCAACAGAACUGGACCUCAGAUUUAUAGUUGAUGAAGAACUUUUUGGUCAGACCCAUCAACAUGAACUGAAAAGUGGUGGAUCAGAAAUAGUUGUCACCAACAAGAACAAGAGAGAUUACAUUCAUCUUGUAAUUCAGUGGAGAUUUGUGAGCAGAGUACAAAAACAAAUGGCAGCCUUUAAAGAGGGCUUUUUUGAACUAAUACCACAGGAUCUGAUUAAAAUUUUUGAUGAAAAUGAGCUAGAGUUAUUAAUGUGUGGACUGGGAGAUGUGGAUGUGGCUGAUUGGAAACUACACACAAAAUAUAAAAAUGGCUACAACAUAAACCAUCAAGUAAUACAGUGGUUCUGGAAGGCAGUCUUAAUGAUGGACUCUGAAAAGAGGAUAAGAUUACUUCAAUUUGUUACUGGCACAUCACGCGUACCUAUGAAUGGGUUUGCUGAGCUGUAUGGUUCAAAUGGACCACAGUUGUUUACAGUUGAACAGUGGGGUACCCCUGAAAAACUGCCAAGAGCUCAUACCUGCUUUAAUCGCUUGGAUUUGCCUCCAUAUGACUCGUUUGAAGAUUUAUGGGAUAAACUUCUCCUAGCGAUUGAAAAUACUCAGGGUUUUGAUGGGGUUGAUUGAGACAGACAUAAAUUGUAUUGGUCCAGUGCUGCAAUUUCAUUUUAAGGGUUUACAAAUUUGAAUUUUCCAGGGGCUACC